UGCAAAAUGUGAUAGGCUCGUGCAUGGCCAAAACUAAGGUGAAAGGUUACCAAAACGUCGACAAACACGCUAGCUAGCUAGCCGCGUAGGCUACUUGGUUCUCUAAAAUGGCAAAAAUACAGUUGUUGAGAGUUUUUCUCAACCAGCGUUUAACAGCAGCUGCUGAGGAGAUAUUUGGGGCUGUUGCGAAAACGAUAGCAGAGUAUCAGGAAGAAGUUUAUCGUUCAAAAGAGGAGAACGGCCGUCUACAGAGGCAGCUUGAUAUCGUUCUCAAACCACCAGAGAUACAAUUACAUAGGACAGACCUCCAGCAGCUCUCUCUCACUGUCUUCGAAGAGGAGGUUCCCCCUGAACAGCAACACUGUGAGCAGGAGUGGAGCCCCAGUCUGGGGCAAGAAGACCCAGAGCCCACACAGAUUAAAGAAGAACAACAGGAGCAACACAGGACCAGUCAGGAGGAAGAGUUUCAUAAUGACUUCUUCAUAAUUAGCUCAAAUGACUGUGUGAAAAGUGACUAUGAUCAGGAAGAUGACUCAUGUCAGCCCUCACAUCUUUACCAAACCCAAAGUGAGGAAUAUGGACAGGGAGCCUCUCUACCUAGCACCUCAUUGGAACAGAUCAAAGCUGAACCUGAUGGAGAGGGCUACAGAGUAUUAGAACUAAGGAGUGACUCUCAGCCCCUCUCUGCAGUAAAUCCAGACUGUUCUCCAACCCCAAGUGAAUACAGGGAAGGUGUCAAUGAAGAGGAAAAAGAACCUCGGAUUAGGUUUAAAGCACUCAAAUCAAAGAAAGCACAGAAAAUAACAAGCCAAAGCUCUGGUAUCUGGAAAAAAGGAAGGAAAUCCACAGAGUCAUCCCAUCUGAACCCACACAGUCAACGCCUUACUGCUCCCUGUUGGUGUGGUGUGUGUGGAAAUAAAUGUUACUCUGUGAGUUUUUUAAUAAAACAUACACGAGAACACACAGAGGAUAUAGGCCUAGAUUGCCUUUGCGGUGUCUGUGGAAAACACUUUGAGUCCAAAGAAAUUCUGAUAGACCAUCUUCAAACUCACAUGAAAAAUCUUUUUUGUCACUUAUGUGGUCAAUGUUUCAACUGGACUAGUAAUCUGAAAAGACAUAUGAUGAUUCACACAGGGGAAAGACCCCAUCGGUGCAGUGACUGUGGCAAAGGCUUCAGGUCGAGUGAUUGUCUGACAAAGCAUAGGAGGAUUCACACAGGGGACAAACCGUUUCCUUGCCCGGUUUGCCACCGUGGUUUUAACAGACGAGAUAACCUGAAAGUGCAUAUGAGAGUUCACACAGGGGAGAGACCGUAUAUGUGUUCUGAAUGCUAUAAAUGUUUUGCCACGUUAACUUCCCUGAAUAAGCACCAGACAAUGCACAAUGAGGAACGACCGUAUGUGUGCACUGAUUGCGGUACGCGCUUCAAAGCGCUUGAAUCCCAAAGAAGGCACAUGAAGAGUGUUCACAACAAGAAGGAGAAUACAACAUGACAGUGCCUUGUAUGGGUUACGGUAUCAGAUAGAAGAUUGAGGCACAUUCUAACCAAAUUGUAACUGCCAUUGGACAGGAGAACAGCCCUUCAGGACAGAUGCAUUGCAUUAUGGAAUCAGCGCAGUAGUUACCAUUACUUGUUAGUUACCAUUAGCCGUUAGUUCGUUUACCAACCGCAUAUAGUAGACAUCAGAGGUUAUUUAUGUGCUUGUGUUUUAUAAAGCGGCGCAUUCUGUAACUUGUUGACAGCCGAACUUACUAAAUCUACCGUGGGACGCAUUUAAUUGACUGGUAGGCUGGAUCCGGCCUAACCCAAAUCCAGGCCUGUGCAAACCCAACCACAGAACUGAUCUGUAUAGAUUAGAUCUAAUGUUGACCUGUUAUGAUGGGAAUGAAAAUAAUCUUCUCCACGUUCUGUAUAAAGUUUGCAUUUUUGUUCUCAAUCUCAACUAGUCAGUCAUUUGUGUGCUAUUCUGCUUUUCUCCAUUCGAAUUGGUGAUUAUUGAGAGACUUCCAUGGUAUGUUUGGCCUUUGACUGUGAUGCUGCAGACUGAAUCUACGCUAUUAUCUGCAAGGUUCUGAACAUUUUACAUGACUGUAUACACCCUAGGACAUUCUUCAAAAAGGACUCGGCAUGAAUUCAAAAUGAGAAGCAAUAGAAUUUCAACCAAUCAUGUAUUUUUUAUUGGAUAUCUAUUAACAAGAAUUACACUGACAACUUCGUGCUGUUCAAAACAAGAAGUUUCACAUAAUGCUGCAUUCUCGCCUGCAGCUCAGCGUAAAAUACAUAAAUUGGCUGAAAAAUAUGACUAUACAGUAUAUCACAUAUAUCCUAUAACAUUUGCAAGAGAUUCGAGAUUCUGAUACGGUGGUGCUGUUCCAGGUAUUCUGUUUUUUCAAUGGGGAUGCACAUCUCGGAAGAUAAAAACACAUGGCUUUAUGAGAUCUGAUCAUCUGCGCAACAUGACUGCAAUAAACACGACCUGGAACGGACCCAUUUUCCACACUAACUUCACCUCCCUGAGCAUGACAAAGUUGUCAGGAAUUGCUUGGCUCAUUACACUUUCACACAAAGACAAACAGAAACAACAAUAACAGACAAUGAUAAAUAAACAACAAAAAACUAUGAACAAAGAUUGUGUUUAUAUCAACCCCUGCAAAAACAACUUGCAAUCUGUCAUCUCUGUACUGCAGCUCAACCUAUCGCAUCUCCAGAUAUUCCACAUUUGAUCCUCAACUAUCUUUUCCUGCCUCCCUCCCUCCUUCCUGUCUUUCCUUCCUUGAUCCUCUUUUCCCGUUCCCUUCCCUAGAUCUCCUCUCCCCUUCUCCCCCGCUAGUCCCAGACCCUUUUGGAGUUGUGCGCUGUCGACUCUGGAUCAGGUAGAAGUAGUCUUCGUGUGGGCUUAUGGGGCUGGUCACGGGAGGCGUAUGGCUAGGGGGCUGAUGCCUCUGUGCUCCCCGAUGAGGAGACACCGGUCUUGGUUGAGGAUCUCUCUGUGCUCCCAUGUGAGGUGUGGCUGUCUGGAUCCUCCAGCUGGGUUAGGAGAGGAGGGUCUGGAGUGGGGCUGCCUAGGGGAAUCCCGGUGAGGGGAUGAGGGUCCAGAGAUAUGGUCUUCCUUGGGGACCAAGUUGAGGUUGAGGAUAGGGUUCUUCCUGGGGUUAGGCUCAGAGUGACCACCAGAGCCUCUCCUGGGGGUCCCAAAUCGAGGAAUAUUUCUGGUAAGGAGCAUGGCAGUUGGUUGUCGGCCUUGCGUCCUUGAGUGACAGAAACUGAAAACUAAUUGUGAUGUGAAUUCUAUUGCAUUCUUAGUUCUAUAAUUGCAUUCUGUAACUGCCUUUAUGAGUUCCCAAAUGAGUAAUUACAAAUGAGUAAUCAACACAGUCUUGUUGGGUGACGUUUUACUUGUUGACCCCAAUACUGACAUACUGUAUGACCACACUCUUCUAUCAAGCAGACUGUCGCCAACAUCACGCAUGAGCUUACCUGUUGUGGAGUGAAGCACAAGGACAAUCUCAAUGUUACCUUUAGGGAGAAAAUAUCACAGUUAUUGUCAUUAAAAAACAAUACAGACAACAAUACAGCUAUUCUUUCAGAGUUCAAGCGUUGAGUAAAGCAAGCAUGGAAUAAACGGAUUUAAUCAUGCUUUAAAAUACAAGCGCCUGAUGGUAGGAAUGUAUAAGAAGCCAAGUGAACAAAUGAACAUGCAUCCAUAAUCAAUAGACAUCUGUUUAUCAAAAUGAGAAUGAAAAUAUAAUGAAAAUGAAAUAUAAGAAAACAUGAAUAUAUUUUCUUGAGCUCAGCUGUUGCGUAGUGACUUGCCUACCUACCACACAUAUGAAUACCUCUGUAUUUGUUUUCCUUUUUGUUUCAAAUGUGUAUGUUUUUCCUUUAUGUGAUGUUAUCCCACAAAAGCAAUAAACAUUUCAAGUGAAUAUAUUUACUUGAGCUGGGGGAUCCUGUAUGGUCUUGUAGUCAGAGCCAGGGCUGAAGGAGGCUGAUCUUGGUGGAUCUCUCUGGGAGUCUGCUGGUUCAGGAAUGGCCUGUGUGGGAGAAUCUGGUCUAGAGUAGGCCUUCCUAAGUGUGAGUGGAGUCCCUUCAGUCAGGAUGAUCUUUUAUUUUUGGGGGGAAUUUUAUGGGGUGUGGAACACCACGGUGGCACAUCUG